GGACCCUCCUCAAAACAACAGCUGAGUGAAUUCUUCGCUCGUGCUCGAUCCAGGACAAUUACACGCGCGUUUAUGAACCCGUAAACUCCAGAUGAAUAAUGUCCGGUGCGAUCACACAGUGUUCUUGUGAACUCUGAACCGAGGAAAUCAUGUGAUCCGGCAGACACGAACCGGACUGGAAGUUAAGAGUAGAGUAACCAGAACUAAUCAUGGACGUUGUGAUCCGGCGGUACCAGCCGUCCGACCGCGGGGCCGUGGAGACGGUUUUCCGGGAAGGAAUAAUGGAGCACAUCAAUCCGGCGUUCGCGUACGCCAUGACCCGACCGCUGCACGUGGCCGCCAGCCUGUUCUUUUACAUCGGCGGGUACGUGAUGAGCGGGCGCUCAGCCGUUCUGGCCCUGGCGUCCGGGGGAGCCUGGAUCGGUCUGGUGUACUUCUGCUGCUACGAGUUCUACUCCGGCUACGUCCGGGCGAGGUUAAACACGGACAUGCAGGACAUCUCGAGUUAUUACCUCAGCAAUCCAGAUAACUGCUUCUGGGUAGCCGAGGCUGAGGUCCGCGGCCGGCCUCGGGUUUUGGGGAUGGUGGCCGUGGAGGGUAAAAGUGAGCCGGGGAGCGGAGGGAAAAAGUACGGAGAGCUCUACCGGAUGAUCGUUUCGUCCUGCUGCCGCCGCUCCGGCCUCGGCUUACGCUUGGCUAAAACCGCCGAAGACUUCUGCAGGGAGCGCCGCUUCUCGAAGGUCGAGCUGUCCACCUCGUCUACGCAGAAAGCGGCCGUGGCGUUGUACUUCAGGCUGGGUUUCAAACUGGUCCUGGUGCACACUCGGUCCGAGUCUCCCAAGUGGAUGAUCUGGAUGACCAGAGCCACGAUUCUCACCAUGGUGAAGAACAUCUGAGCAUUAGCUUCUCAACCGAAUGCUUCAAGCGUUCUAGUUUUGAUCGGUGUGCUUUUGUUUUCUUAUAGAUGCGCGGCUGCAUCGCUCUUUUAUAUCUCGCAAAUAUAAUAAAAAUUAGAUUGCGCUUUCAA